UCAAGCCAGCUGUCUCACCUAAACCCCUCAGAUCCUAACUCAUUCGGGGAUGGACUCUCCCUCUGAUCUCAGUUCUGUUCCUGCAGAGUAUCAUGACCUGGGCACCGUCUUCAGUAAAGCCAGGGCCUUAUUACUACCUCCCCACCGUCUUUAUGAUUGCUCUAUUGACCUAUUGCCGGGAACUACACCUCCCUUGGGUCGCCUUCACCAAAUAACUGGUCCUGAAAGAGAGACUAUGACUGAUUACAUCCGGGAGUCCCUCGCAUCUGGUAUCAUCCGCCCUUCCUCCUCCCUGGCUGGGGCGGGUUUCUUUUUUGUGGAAAAGAAGGACAAGAGCCUCCGCCCUUGCAUUGACUACCGGGGACUUAUCUCAAUCACCAUUAGGAAUCGGUUCCCCUUGCCCUUGAUGUCUUUGACCUUUGACCUCCUCCAGGGGUCCACCAUCUUUACCAAGCUGUACCUUCGCAACGCUUACCACCUCGUACACAUCCGGGAGGGGGACGAAUGGAAGACACCAGCAGGCCUCAACACACCAGCAGGCCACAAUGAGUACUCGGUUAUGCCGUUUGGUCUCACUAAUGCCCCAGCUGUCUUCCAGGCCCUGGUCAACGACAUCCUUCGGGACAUGCUCAAUCGUUUUGUGUUCGUCUACCCAGACCCCGUCUCACCUCCACUCAUCAGCCUUUCUCUUGAAACCCUGAGGCGGAACAGGCCUUUCUACACCUCAAGACCCGGGUCACCUCUGCAUCUAUCCUUACUCUGCCCAAACCUUUCCCGCAGUUUAUCAUUGAGCCAAAAAACUGCUCAGCUCCUGCUACAGCAUGUCUUCUGGCUCCAUGGUCUCCCAAGUAAUAUAGUUUCGGAUCGGGGCCCACAGUUUACUGCCAAUUUUUGGAAGGAAUUCUGCCGCCUCCUGGGUAUCUCGGUCAGCUUGUCUUCCGGGUUUCACCAAGACCUGGAGAUGGCCCUUCGCAUCCUUUGCACCCUCAAUGCCUUAUGGAAGUUGAGGCCUCAGUACCAUCAGCUGGUGCCUUGGUCAGGCGAUGCCGCCGUGCCUGGAAGAAGAUCCGGGCUGCUCUCCUCAGGUCUUCCUAUUCCUAUGCCCGCUGGGCCAAUCGCAGGCGCAGACCAGCACCCGGUUACCGCCCUGGCCAAAGUGUCUGGCCCUCUAUCAAGGACCUGCCCCUAA